CUCAAAACACAGCUCAUGGUCAAAUGUCACCAGGCGAAGGUUUAACCCCUUACACACAUCACGUCGUCUGAUUGGCUGUGACCGCCAGGGGGCCACGCCCACGCGGCAGGUGAAGGAGACCAGGCGGCGAGGGGUCAGUUGUCCCCUGCGUGAUGACGGAGGCGAGCACGGGCCAGCGGGAGGAGGCCAGGCGGGCCUGCAGAGGAACCUCGAGAGCGGACGAGAAGGAAAACCACGUUCCUGUCAGCUCCGACCUGGACGUGGCGGCAGAGGAGCGUCAAAGAUGUGCGAGGAUAGCCAGCGAGCGUCUGCAGGCCGCCGAGGCCGAACAUCAAGAAGUGUCAGGAUGCAGAAAAGCAACUUUGGUCCGGUCCAAGACCUUAGACCCGAGUCUGCUGACUCAGGUCCAGACUGAACUGGACUCCAAGGUGGACAGGAAGAAGUCUCACUACAGUCAGCUGUCCAAGAGCAACUGCCAGUACCAUAAAGCGUUUAAGGAGAUCAGCAGCGACGAGCACCUCAGACAAAGUUACACGUGCGCGCUGCAGAAAGACAUCCUCUACCAGGGACGGAUGUUUGUGUCGGACCACUGGAUCUGUUUCCACUCCAAAGUGUUUGGCAAAGACACCAAGAUCGCCAUACCGGUCAUCUCCGUCACCCACGUCAAGAAGACCAAGACGGCCAUCUUGGUGAACGCGGUGGUGAUCGCCACCGCCAACGACAGAUACGUCUUCGUGUCCUUCCUGUCCAGAGACAACACCUACAAGUUCCUCAUGUCCGUCUGUCUCCACCUGGAGGAAAGAAGUCCGUGCAGCAGUCCCGUCCCGUCCUCCUCGCACAACAACGCCAGAACUCCGACCUCGCCUCGCUUCCCUCUGGGUUUCCGCAGCAACUUUGGCGAUUUGGGCGGCGCCUUGAGGGACAGGAGGCGGGAUAUGGCGGAAAGCAGCAGCUCUGAUUCGCCGGACGAGGAGAAGCUGGCAGCCUUGGCAGACUUUCCUGUUGCUCCGUUCUUGGAGGCCUUAAAACACGGAGAAGGUUCUGCUGAACAUCACUUCAAGAAGCAGGAGCGUGUGGCGAUGACGGAGAGAAGAAUGCAAACAUUGUCUCUCAACACGCUCUUGUGUUUUUAUCUCCUUCUCGUGUGCGUGCUGGUGCUGUCCUCGUGUUACCUGAGCGUGAAGAUGUUCUCCUUGGAGCAAAGACUCACCACGCUGGGCUCCAUGGCAGACUUGGCCCAGCACCAGAAAGACCUCCUGCAAGGAAGUGGUGACGUCAGCAGUGAGCUCUUGUCCGAGCUUUUAACCAUCAACCUGAGGAAGCUGGAGAAGGUCCGUCGCUCCAUCAAGUGACACCAAACACCUGCUGGUGCUGAUUAUAGUCUGCAACACUGAUGCUACCUACAGACGAGCUAAUACAUCUUCAAUUAAACAACAGCGUGAUAGCAUCAAACCCUUCAGACUCUCUAAAAGAUACUAACUAAAUUAAAUAAUAGUGUGGUAGCAUCAAACUCUUCAGACCCGCAUAAGAUGCUAACUAAAUUAAACAAUAGCGUGGUAGCAUCAAAAUCUUCAGACCCGCUAAAAGAUGCUAACUAAAUUAAAUAAUAGUGUGGUAGCAUCAAACUCUUCAGACCCGCAUAAGAUGCUAACUAAAUUAAACAAUAGCGUGGUAGCAUCAAAAUCUUCAGACCCGCUAAAAGAUGCUAACUAAACUAAACAAUAGCGUGGUAGCAUCAAAAUCUUCAGACCCGCUAAUAGAUGCUAACUGAAAUAAAUAAUAGCGUGGUAGCAUCAAACAAUUCAGACUAG